UGAGGGCUCGCCAGCCUCAUACCGGCAGGCACAGCUCAGUGGCUCCAGGAUUUUGCUGCCCCUGUCUGGGGACUCCGAUCCGCGGCCGCCAGCCAGACCUGUGCGUGUAGCGGGGGGGUUGUUCGAAGUGGGAAAGAAGAAGCGGGCGGGGGGCGGCCGCUGCUGCUCCUGACACCGCUAGUGUGUGCGCACAUCUCCCCUUCGGCUUAUAAAAGUUUGCCUCAGCAAGCCGGGGGGCUCCUCGCUCCCCCUCCGCUGGGGGACCCCGUCUGCUCCUCACCCUGGAGGCACCUCGGCUCUGCUCGCGGCGGGUGAAGCUGGGACCGUUCCCCGGGAUUUAUUGAGCUGGAUUUGCAUUUUGCACCAUGUCUUCGCGGAUCGCGGCUCCGCUGGUGGCUUUAACCGGGCUGCUGCUGUCACUUUCGGCCGGGGCUGAUGUGAAGGCUCGGAGCUGCAGUGAGGUGCGGCAGGCGUAUAGUGCCAAAGGCUUCAGCCUGGUCAAUGUACCCUUUCAGGAGAUAGCAGGGGAACAUUUGAGAAUCUGUCCUCAGGAGUAUACAUGCUGCACCACAGAAAUGGAGGACAAGUUGAGCCAACAGAGCAAAUUGGAAUUUGAAAACUUGGUGGAGGAAACAAGUCACUUUGUGCGCACCACCUUUGUGUCCAGGCACAAGAAGUUUGAUGAAUUUUUCCGAGAACUUUUGGAGAAUGCAGAAAAAUCCUUAAAUGAUAUGUUUGUACGAACGUAUGGAAUGCUGUACAUGCAGAAUUCAGAAGUGUUCCAGGACCUCUUCACAGAACUGAAACGAUAUUAUACAGGAGGCAAUGUAAAUUUGGAGGAGAUGCUGAAUGAUUUCUGGGCUCGGCUAUUGGAGCGAAUGUUCCAGCUCAUAAAUCCCCAAUAUCAUUUCACUGAGGACUAUCUGGAGUGUGUAAGCAAAUACACAGACCAGCUGAAACCAUUUGGAGAUGUACCCAGGAAACUGAAGGUUCAAGUGACUAGAGCUUUCAUUGCUGCACGGACCUUUGUUCAGGGGCUGACUGUAGGCAGAGAGGUUGCAAACAGAGUAUCCAAGGUCAGUCCAACCCCAGGGUGCAUCCGUGCACUAAUGAAGAUGUUAUACUGCCCUUACUGCAGAGGACUUCCCACUGUGAAACCUUGCAACAACUACUGCCUCAACGUAAUGAAGGGCUGCCUAGCAAAUCAGGCCGAUUUGGACACUGAGUGGAAUCUGUUCAUAGAUGCUAUGCUCUUGGUAGCAGAGAGAUUAGAGGGACCAUUCAACAUUGAAUCAGUCAUGGAUCCUAUCGAUGUCAAGAUUUCUGAAGCCAUCAUGAACAUGCAAGAGAACAGUAUGCAGGUGUCAGCAAAGGUCUUUCAAGGAUGUGGCCAGCCUAAACCAGCACCUGCUUUAAGGUCUUCCCGCUCCGUUCCUGAGAACUUCAAUACCCGCUUUAGGCCAUACCAUCCUGAGGAGAGACCAACAACAGCUGCUGGCACGAGUUUGGAUAGACUGGUAACAGACAUUAAAGAAAAACUGAAGCUUUCAAAAAAGUUCUGGUCAACUUUACCAUAUACUAUCUGCAAGGAUGAAAGAGUGACAGCUGGCAUGUCAAAUGAAGAGGACUGCUGGAAUGGCCAUACCAAAGCUAGAUACCUUCCUGAGAUUAUGAAUGAUGGGCUGACCAACCAGAUAAACAAUCCUGAAGUAGAUGUUGACAUCACAAGGCCUGACACCUUCAUACGGCAACAAAUCAUGGCCCUAAGAGUCAUGACUAACAAACUGAAGAAUGCAUACAAUGGAAAUGAUGUGAACUUCCAGGAUACAAGUGAUGAAACCAGUGGCUCAGGAAGCGGAAGUGGUUGCACUGAUGAUAUCUGCCCUACAGAGUUUGACUUCGUCACCACAGAAGCACCACCUGUUGACUCAGACAGAAGAGAAGUAGACUCUUCAGCAAUCCAGUCUAGCCAGUCACUGUUUAUGUUGUUCAUCAUCUGCAUCGUCCUGGUACUGCAGAGACAGUGGAGAUAAUCCUGGUUCUGGUCAGAGAGACUGUGUUUUAGCUACAAAAACAGCCAACUUGCUCCUUUUCUUACGCUCUUGGACAAUGGACCAUGCCACAAAUACUUACAGUUUUCUAUGAGAAGAGAGCAGUACUGCAGCCUGCUUCCCUUUUUGUUUUCCCAAAGAGUACCAGGUGCCAGACUGAACUGCUUCCUGUUUCUUUCAAGAUAGCUGUGAAGACAAUGUCCACUCUUGAGAGAAUUCUUUCUCACAUCUUUAUUAUUGGAGACUUUCUGAGCUGCAUUAUGCUGCAGAAGUAAAAAGGAUCUUACGGUGUGAGGUUUUCCUUAACAAGAAAAAAAGAGAGAAAGAAACAAAGAAAACAAAUUUCCUUCUAAAUCAGGCCAAACUUAAGGCUGCUGCAUUUUCAAGAAUAAAAAAAAAAAAAGAGAGCAAAAAAAAAGAAAGACAAAAAAAAAGACAAAAGUUCUUCACAGACACCCAGGCCUCCUCUAGGGGUGAUUCAGGUCAUCAUAAUUAUCAUUCCUAUUGCAAGGAAGUUUGGAUUUUUUUUUAACACAACGAUAAGAGUAUGAUUCAAUGGUGAAUAUCUUGCACCAACAUGAGAUUGGUAUGAAGGUACAGGAAGCUGAAAAAAGAAGCUUGUCUUUUAGUAUUAUAGUAACACCACUAAGCUCAGAAUAUCAUGUUACAGUUGCUUAUGAUUUAAAUCUUGAUGCCCAGUAAAAAUUUGAGUAGCUG